GCAAGUCUGUAACUGUAUAGCCGCCACAACCCAAACGUCGCCGUUUCCUGUCAUCUCAGCUUGCUUAUUAGGUUUUUCUCGCAACCUCAAAACACAACCGCCACCGCCAUCUCCUGCACCUGAGGCAGCAGACGGAGCUAAAGAUUCACAAGCCCUCUCUCACAUGGAUAACAGACAAGACAUUUUGGGGAACAACAGUCCCGAAGUCAUACGCUGGCUCUGUAACCUAUCAGAAUCUGAGCUUGAUAUGCUAAUUAGGUUAAAAUCACUAAUUCUCCAUCGCGCCAAAGUACUCGGUCAUGAUGAACUCGCCAAGAAUUUCGAUUUGCCCACGCUUCGAGCCAUCGCGCUCCUUUUGAUGGAAUAUCUGAAAGGAAAGUUUAAACAUUCAUCACAAGUUCAAGGCUUGACUAAGCUUGUUGUAUUCCCUGAGUGUUGCAAUCUAUUAGAAGGUAAUCCUGGGGAAGAUUCCAGCAUGGAAGAGCUGAAGGCUUGUAUUGGUAUUGAUGAAAGAAAGAGACCAACCGAAAGACCAGGUGAAGAGGCAACCAAACAGAAGAAACAGAGAUUAUGACUUUGUGUCAGCCUAUUGAAGGCAAUCACAGUUGGCAAACUGCACUCCACCAAUUUCUCAGAGGAAGGCAGGCGUUUUCGCUGAGGCUGGCUUCAAAGAUGUAAAACUGUAUCAUAUAUUUUUGCCACAAACUAGUCUUCCUACCCUCCGGUUUGGAGGCUGUAUGCAAACUUGGAAAUAUCUAUACCUAAAGCAGUCAAAAGAGUCAUAUGUAUCUCCUAGAGAUUGUUGUUUAUUGAUAUGUUGAUCAGCCCAAUUUUGAAA